UUGGAAGGGAAUGUUAUGGCUUCCGCAAUUUCGUUCGCAGGCACGAAAGUUGACGAAACGCGUUGAGCAGAAGAGUCGUCCUGGAAGAGCGAACUCCCCAUUCAUUUUCUGAACCCCAGCGACCAGACUCCACGGGAGUGCAGUAAAUUGUUCGAGACCGUCGCCACCAGUCCCAACCGGUCCUCAGCAGAACCACCGACGUCACCCACCAAAUAACGAAUAAAUACAGUAGCAGCAAACAUGUCUGACGCUGAAGACGCCGCAGGCCAGGAGGCUCAGAACUGGCCCACUACCCGAGUGCUGACGGAUAUAGUCUACUGCGGAGUAUGCAGCAUGCCAACAGAGUAUUGCGAAUUCAGCGGUCUGACGGGAAAGUGCCAAAUAUGGUUGAAGAGGAACAACCCGGCGCUGUUUGCGAAAACAUACCCUGACGUUGAGAUAUCCGACAAACUAGAGGAAACAACACUGGAAGACGGCGAAGAAGCAGGCCUGUCGCGAGAGCAGCGGAAAGCGGAAGCCAAAGCCGCCGCAGAAGCCAAAAAGAAAGCUUCCGCCCGCGUCAUCGUCAAACGCGUCGAACGCACAAAGCGGAAAUGCGUGAUCGAAGUCUCUGGUCUCGAGCUGUUCAACGUCGACCUCAAGAAAGCCGCAAAGUUGUUUGCGACAAAGUUUGCGUGCGGGGCGAGCGUGACCAAGAACCCGCAGGGCGGCGAUGAUAUUAUUGUGCAGGGGGAUGUGCAGGAUGAUAUAUAUGAGCUGAUUUUGAAGACUUGGGAGCAGGUCCCUGACGAGCAAAUCGACCUCACGGAGGGAAAGAAGAAAUGAGCGCCGUUUCGAGCACGUUUGGGAAGCAUUACACAUCCGCGAGUUCCCUCCCUCCCUCAGCGAUCAGCGAUACUGUAGAAACGCAGGCUCAUGUUGAAUAGCAUUGUACAGACAGAUCGUAGAACAUAAGAUAUCAAUAGCACGGCGUACGCAUUAUGUAGUGGACCAUACUGUAUGUGGUCUGAAAUGCACCUACAUCAAACACACACAAGGGCCCUUUUCUUACUCGGGGCGGCACAUAGGGAUAUCAUGC